CACAGUGGAAGGUCGUAUUGCUAAUGAGCUCCGCGAGUGUUGUCCUCCAGUUGACGGAGGCGCAGAGCGGAGCAGAGAGCUUAUCCUUCCACGGCUACAUUCCUCGUGAAAAUGUCAGGGCGAAGGCUCCCAGAGGUGACGGUCAACCCAAUGACAUUUACCUAGAAAAUCCUCCCUCACUAAAAGACGGACAAGUGGUGUUCUACCCUCGUAACAUCAAUGGCCUCGACCUCGAGUACGGUCAGGACCCCGAGGAGCGCGUCUACCAGAUCCACGACACAAACAAACUGCAGCACGACAAGAUCAAGCGAGCUGCUACUGUCGUCGAUAUCUUCGUCCAUCAAAACCCUUCCCUACAACAAUAAUAACGCUGCCCCUUCUCCUGCCUUCCUCCCGGGUUCACUAACCCCUCGUUAUAGGCAAAUCCCGUUCUGCCACAGCACUUUCUCUCCAUAUAUCUUCUUCCCGUUGAAUCCCUCCCAAAUCAUAUCCUGCACUACCAGGAUGCACAUCUCACUUUUUAAUAUUUCAAAAGCAAAUGCGUCAAAAGUGAUUUCUUUCUUCUGCAGUCUAACUACUCUACCUUUCUGACAUCAAUUCCAAAAGUUUACCAUAAAAAUCCUUUCACAUCCACUCCAGGAGUUGACUAUCCAAACCCCUCAAGUCCACUCCAAGAGAGUUCAUCAUGUAAUCCUCUCACUUCUAAUAUUCUGAGAGUCCACCAUCUUAACCAGCAACAUGAUAAGAAUAUUUAAAUUAUCUUGUCCACAAAACAUUAUGGUCUCAUUCUCUUUGCUUAAGAUUACUUGAAGACUUCCUCGCUCGGGUACUCCUUCAGCUGAUCAAUCUAGUAUUCGGACACUUUUUUUCUCCUCAUCUCACAUAUAAACUCACCUGCCUAGUAAAGCCGACUUUCUCCUGUAUUACAUCGCCUUAAGACUAGAAGGAAUCUCAAAACUUUAUUUUGGACAUUACAUUUCCCAAUUCUAUUGAGAAUUAAUUUUAUUACUUGAGUCAUCUUUCAGACUCAUCCUAUGGUUGCCUCGCUCCAGUUCCUUAACGCUUUUGAAAUAGGUGAAGGCAUCAUUUUUUCUGAACUCUUCUGGGUAUUGCCCUUCUUGCAUACCCCUCGGCACAUUCUCAACUACGUUCAUUCACCUGCAACGUCCAUUAACAAAUCCUUCACCUACCAUUCACAUGCAAUUCUUCAAUGAACCAUCAUUUGCACUAACAUUCUAACGUUCUUCAAUUCAUCCUGCGUUACAAACAUUCUCCAAGUAAUCAUUACAUACUUUCCUUCAAUACUACUUCCUGGCUGGAUCAGCAAGGAGAAGUAUUAUCAACAAGGCAUUAUAUAUUUCCUUCUCAUGUGAUAUCAAUUAAGGUAUUUAUAAAUUUGUAAAUAUAUAUUCAUAUAUUCACACUCGCGUAUAACUCCCAAUAUUUAUAAGUCUGAAAUGCACGCUUUAUUUUGUAUUAUAUACAACAGAAAUAUCCCUCCCAAAAAAUCGUGUGUUUGGCGCCAUAAGUAGUAGAGCUGAGUGGAAGAAUGUUUGAGUGUCAUUGUUUAUAUGAACGAUGUGAUGAUGAAAAUAAAAAUACAUAAAAAUUAGCUUUGCUAUCUAUUUUCCUUUGCUAUCUAUUUAUAAAGCGGUGAAGACGACUUGUGUUUAGUGAGCCUAAUUUACAAUCCUUCAGUUUAUUUGUUCGGCAUUAGAUUGGCCUUGUUUCUCCCCGGCUGUGAGUUUGUCACAACACUGAUAUUAUAUUUCUCAAAUACCUUAAACUUACUACAAAAGAGAACAUAGUUUGAGUCUGCAACACAGCGAAACACAACGAUAAUACAGUUCCGUGUCAGUAAUAUAGAGUAUUGACAAUAAGAGAUGUUUCAGUGGUUUGUAAGCUGCCUAUAGAGCUUAUGUUCCUCACCGGGAAAUCAGAU